AAUUUUAUUUUUUGGGAGUUUUUGUUUUAGGCACUAGCACCAUCAGCAGAACCAGAAGUAGAUUCUUUAGAAGCGACUUUGAUGAAAUUGAAAUCUAAAUGCAAUGUACGGCGAGGGAAAAAACGAAACAGUGACCUAAGCAGCAAGGGGCUGGUUCGCCUUUACGCCAAGCAGAAGUACAUCGAAGACGUAAAGCAGCGAGGCUGCCGCGAUGCCCCCGCCUUGGACGCCGCCCCGUGGCUGGACGACGAGCCGGACGAAGUGCUGCUGCUGCAGCUGAAGAGCGUGCUGCGGAGCCUGGAGGUGCACAUGGCGACGUCGUCGUCGGUGGUGGUGUCGGGGGCGGGGGCCGCGAGCGAGGAUCACACCACGUCCUGCAGCCUCUCCGCCUCGCCCAAGGCCUCGUCCACGAUGCUCGUCUCGUCCAUCUCGUCUACGUCCACCCGCAGCACGGCCUCCGACCCACGCCGCCGCUCCGUCGCCGCCCCGAGCGCCAUGCGCUGGAGGACGCGCGAGGACGCGCUGGCCAAGCACAAGCAGCGCUACACCUGCCCCCUGUGCCAGCGCAGCUUCCUCUGGCUGGGCCACCUCAAGCGCCACCUGCGGACACACGAGGGCAAGAAGUUCUUCAAGUGCAGAGAGUGCCACUUCACCACGACGCGGAAGUGCACGCUGGCCAAGCACUCCGUCACGCACAUGAAGCAGGCGCCCUUCAAGUGCCCCGACUGCCCCGAGGAGUUCGCGACCAAGGCGGCGUUGCUCAGGCACAUCAACGCGGCCCACUGCGACCCCAAGCAGCAGCAGCAGCAGCAGAAGAAGAAAAAGAAGAAGCACAGCAUUGCUGGGAAGACUCUGUAUCAGUGCCCGGAGUGCGCUUACGCGUCCAGGCAGCGCAAAGACUUCAUGAAACAUUUGCUCACGCACAUGCAGAAAAAGCGCUAUGGCCGGCGGUGCUGUGUCGUGAAGUUUCCGGAGAGAAAAGACGACUUACAAGCAAAUUCAAGGGUGCACUCUUUGAAAAAGGAUCUGUCGUUGAUGAAACCACCCUCAAUACCUAAAGUUCUCUAA